CCUUUUGGUCAUCUCGCUCUUUAACGUUGUUCAGUCUUCCUCGGCUGGGCUUGCCGAGUCGUCCACGGCACCUCUCUGCCAACCGCCGGAGGAGCUGCCUCGUAUUUGCUGGAAUGUGUCUCUCGUUCCGUCUCCUCCCUCGCUAUUCCCUGGAUGACUUUAAAGCAAACACCCUGUCUUCUGCCAACGCUCUUUCCGGCUCUCAUCUAGUGUCAUGCCGCCAUGCCGCUCGUUUCCGCAAUGAUGUCGCUCCGGGAGGCCCUCCUCGCGGCUGUUAGGUCUCUCCUACGCGGCAAGUCCUUUCUCAAAGCCCUCCUCGCCUUCUGGACAGCCAGCCCUGUCACCCCUAUCAACUCCCAAGAUGCCGGGGCCAAGGUCAACGCCGACCCCGCAGCCGACUUCCUCGCCGAGGCCGAGCACCUGCUGCUGGGGUUCAUCGAAGCCGGCGGGCUGAAACGCUUCUCGCGAAAGCUGAAGCGCCAGUUCAAGGAAAGGCUGUGGUCGAACACGGAGUGCAUGCUGCCCUCGUACAAUUCACAACUACCCACGGGGCGCGAGUCAGGCCAGUAUCUCGCCCUCGACGUUGGCGGGUCGACGCUGCGCGUGGCCCUGGUGGAGCUCGGGGGCAAGGGCGCUGAAGGGGCAGAGGGCAGCAUCAUCCGGAUGGACACGUUCAAGAUCGACAGCCAUGUCAGGAAUCUGAGGGGUGCCCGGUUUUUCGACUGGAUGGCCGAGAGGAUACAGCAGACCGUGGCCAAAGACAGCACUCGGGGACACGUCCCCGACGUCCCGCUCCUCAUGGGGUUGGCCUGGAGUUUCCCUAUCGAGCAAACCUCUUCGAAGGGGGGCAAGCUGUCCGUCAUGGGCAAAGGCUUCCUCGCCCACGAGGGUCUCGUGGGGCAGGACCUGGGAGACAUCAUCAAGUCCGCUUGCCAGAAGCAAGGACUGCACGUCGAGCUCUCGGCUAUCGUCAACGAUUCGAGCGCCGCUCUGCUUUCUGAGGCAUAUGUUACCCCCUCGACCCGCUUCAGCCUCGUCCUCGGCACCGGCGUGAACAUCGCCGUCCACCUCCCAGUCAAUACCAUUGACCAGCCCAAAUUCGGCGACCGUCCGAGCAGCUGGCACGAGAAAGCCAGCCAUGUGAUAGUCAACACGGAACUGGGCAUGUUCGGCCACGACAUUCUGCCCCUGACGAAAUGGGAUAAGCUCCUCAAAGCCGACCAUCCCCGACCAGACUUCCAGCCGCUAGAGCAGCUCGUCAGUGGAUACUACCUCGGCGAGAUCUGCCGCCUUGCCCUGCUCGACGCCAUCGCGUCGACGGGCAUCUUCGGCGGAAAUGUGCCACCAUCACUGCGGACACCUUACUCCCUCGACACUGAAACCCUGUCCUUGAUCGAAGCAGACACCAGCCCGAGCCUCUCCGAUGCCCUUCAAGCCUUCGCCGCCCGCCACCCCAUCCCGUCUUACCGCCCCACCACGGCCGACAUGUCCUUUCUCCGCACCCUCGCAUCCCACGUCACGCGGCGCUCGGCCUCGGUCGUCGCCGCCUCCCUCCACGCGCUCUGGGAGCUCAAGGCCGAGGCCGAGCGCGCCAUGCUCGCGAGCCUGCCCGAUCCGUCCGGCGCGUUCGCGUUGGAGACGGAGGCCGAGAUCGCCCUCGCCUCGUCCAAGACGACCGUGGCCUUCAACGGGUCCGUGAUCGAGCAGUACCCCGGCUAUAGGGCGCGGCUGCAGGCGUUCGUGGAUGGAUUGCUUGCCGAGGACGACGGUGAUGGAGAUCUCAAGAAGGGGUCAAUCGCGUUGGUGGAGGCGAGGGAGAGUUCGCUGCGGGGGGCUGCCGUUGCGUUGGCUUGCUUGUCGUAAUGUAGCCCCCCUCUCCCCCCAACCGGGUUGUUUCGUGUCGUGUCAUGUCAUGCCGUGUGUGGGCGUUUUUAUUUGGGCGCAAGUUCGCGGGGUAAUUUCGCUGUGCAUACUAUGGUGCCGCGGCCUUUCUAUUGGUAAUUCGAUGACUUGUUUGCUUGUAUAUAGAACGGAGGCAUGUAGCGGUGCGGUUAUCAGUUAUGCGGGAUGGGGGGCCAAGGUGGGAUCUCGAUAUCCUUUUCAAUUUCAGCAUGAUUCUUUGGCGACCAUGAGGCUUC